AUGAAGGAAUCCAAGCAAGCAAAGACAUUAGAAGGCGAAUUAGAUGGGGUUGAUUUGAUCAGCAACUUGCCAGAUCGUGUUCUUCAAUUGAUUCUUUCUCGUCUUCAAGGUACAGAAGAAGCAAUUAGAAGCAGCAUUUUGUCGAGAAGAUGGAGGUAUUUGUGGACUUCAAUUCCCUCCAUAGACAUAGAUUAUACCCGAGGUCUAGAACACGAUCCCCAAAUGGUAUUGGAAAGUAUUGGAUUCAAAAAUUUUGUUUCUUGGGUUUUACUAAACAAACCCAUUGAUUUGGAUAGUUUUCGUUUAUGUUGUGCGGAUUACUACGAUAUGACGACCAUAAGGCAAUGGAUUCAUGCUGCUGUUGUGAGAAAAGUCUAA